AGCUCGAAGCAUUGGAAGGAGGAAGCCCGUGAUAUCCUGAAGUUUUUCAUGGAUCAUUUUGACACUACAGACUUGCCAUCCGUUUCGGAUCCCGUAUUUGAGGCCCUCGCAUUCAAAGAGGCCGAGCGCCGUGAAUAUCCUAUCGGCGAGCUGAAGCCCUACUUUAUGCUCGGCGUCAAUUCUACCGUUUCCGCAUACCACUACCUUGGUGACAUGGGCAUCAAGAUAUACGCUACCUUCUUCCACAUGUUCAUGUUGUAUCUCGACGAUCUCUAUCCCCGUGAUGCCAAUUUCCAGAAGGGCAUCAAUGAAUUCACCAAGCGCUUCACAUCCUCAGAGACACAACCAAUCGAAAUCCUGAACCACUUCGCUGACCUCCUUACUGAAGCGUACCAAACCUUUGGCAAGGUCACAGGCGACCUCGUCGUCAACACCGCCCUCAAAUACCUUAGCAGUUUGAUUUUGGAAGUUGAGAGCAAGAAUGAGCCCACGCAUCAAGUCGAAGAAUAUGCCUUGUAUCUUCGCCAAUUAAGCGGAUUCGGUGAAGACGCCGCCAUAUUCGUUUUCCCUAGAACGCUUUCCUACAACUUGUAUAUCCAAGCUCUUCCCUGCAUACGUGAUUUCAUCAAUUUCGGGAACGACGUUCUAUCGUUCUACAAGGAGGAAUGCGCCGGCGAGACACAUAAUCUCAUAUCACUCCUGGCUAAAGCCCGGGAGGAGCCGAAGACUAGGACUCUCCGUUAUCUAGCAGAGCAGUGCAUCAAGGCGUAUGAUAGGGGUUUGUAUAUGCUGGCGCCGCAUGAAGAAGCUCGCAAGGCGUUCGAAGAUUUUGGGAGAGGAUAUUUAGCCUACCAUCUGGGUACAGAGAGAUAUCAACUUAGCGAGCUAAACUAGUCUUAUACACUCCCUCUAUGCAGUUAACUUAAACCAUGUAUGUGUGUUCAUAGGACUACGCUUUCUCUAUCCACAGAUCAGCUCGGCAGCGCGGUAUGUAUGGAUGGCAAGCGGCCGGAAAGUAACUUGAAGCUAGAUUACCCCUUGAGCUCAGGCAAGCUACAACGACGUAAAGCCCCAGCAGAAACACGCAAUAGUAGGAUGAGAAUGAGACAGGUGCCACCGAGGCAGCCGGGGGGAAAGCCAGACAGUGAGAGAGGAAGGAGAUAGGGAAGACGGCAAGCA